AUGGCCUUACAAUCAACGUAUUCUUAUUGGGCGGGGGGUGCUGCCGCCGGCGGCGGCGGCGGAGCGCCGAACGCGGCCGCCGCAGCGGGGGCUUGGCGGCUUCCCGGCAGGGUACUCGAGUUUGUCUUCUCCUACUUGGACCUCCGGGAGCUACGGAGCUGCGCGUUGGUGUGUAAGCUGUGGUACCGCGUCUUACACGGCGACGAGAACAGCGAGGUGUGGCGCAGCCUGGCGGCUCGCAGCCUCGCCGAGGAGGCGCUACGCACCGACAUCCUCUGCAACGUGCCCACCUACAAGGGCAAGGUACGUGCCUUUCAGCAUGCUUUCAGCACCAAUGAUUGUUCUAGAAAUGUUUAUAUUAAGAAGAAUGGAUUUACUUUGCACCGGAAUCCCAUUGCUCAGAGUACCGAUGGAGCAAGGACCAAGAUUGGCUUCAGUGAAGGCCGUCAUGCUUGGGAAGUCUGGUGGGAAGGUCCUCUUGGCACAGUGGCAGUAAUUGGAAUUGCUACAAAAAGAGCUCCCAUGCAAUGUCAAGGUUAUGUAGCACUCCUGGGGAGUGAUGACCAGAGCUGGGGCUGGAAUUUAGUGGACAAUAAUUUAUUACAUAAUGGAGAAGUCAAUGGCAGCUUUCCACAGUGCAACAAUGCCCCAAAAUAUCAAAUAGGUGAGAGAAUUCGUGUUAUCCUGGAUAUGGAAGACAAGACCUUGGCUUUUGAGAGAGGCUAUGAGUUCUUAGGAGUUGCAUUUCGAGGACUGCCAAAGACAUGUCUGUAUCCAGCAGUGUCUGCUGUAUAUGGCAACACUGAGGUGACGUUAGUUUAUCUAGGAAAACCUUUAGAUGGAUGAUAUUUUUUGUGUUGGGUUUACUUCGUUUUUGUUUUUUUAGCAAGAACAUGAAAAUCAAGUUGACAGUGUGGAGAAAUCUGCAUGUUGGUUAACAGAACAGCAUGAGGAAAAUAUAUGGAUGUGUGCUCAAGAAACCAAAACUUGUGAUAAAAAAGACCAACUGUUCUUAAGAGAGUGCACUGACAUUUCCUUUUUCUGCCGGACCAGAAAAAUUCCUCAGGGGGUUACAGUUGAUUAAACAGGCAGUUAACCACAUGCAUGUUGCAUCAAAUUUUGUACCAAGGGUGGCAAUAUGGAAUCCUGUAUAUACUUAAGGAAUUGUUUAAUAGAAGUAAUUGAGGAAGUUAUCUAAGAUGUGAGAGUAGUGUGUUCUGUGGAAAAGGUUUCCAUUUUAAAAGCGAUUUGUUCCUUUCCAACCUUUAAUCCGGUGUGUUUUACCAAAGGUAAUAAACUUAUUGGAUUUUAAUAUAUUUAGAUGUGCUGAAAAGCACUGAUUCUGGAGAUCAGUUUUCCAGAGUUAUACUGUGCAGCUAUACUGAAGUAUAUUUUAAAAAUUGUACAGAAACUGUAAAAAUUGGAAUGAAAGAAAGGUUUGCUAAGCGGUAUGUAAUUUCUUAAAUGGAAAAACCACUACAUGUCAAAUAUCAAUCUUUGUCUAGGAAUUGGACAAAAUAUAUACAAGUGCAUUUCUGUUUUGUUGUGCAGCAUCUCUUUGGGCAAAAGGAGCAAUGUAUGCUUAUUAUAUAAUGGUUGAGAUUGAUAAAUAGAAUAUGUGUGGAAGGGUAAAAUUCAUUUCUAAUGUAUUUUGAAAAAUUAGGUUUCCAAACUGUUUCCAGAUAGCUGUCAUUUUAAAAUAUAAUUGAAUAGUUAUUUUAAAGUAUUCAAAUCCUUAAAUAAACUGAAAUUUAAACAGGAAUUCCAUCCCUGGUACCCAAGUUUCAGUAUUGGUGGGUUUAAUUUUGUUAAAAUUUACUAUAGAGGCUGAAAAGAUUUUGUGCAAAGUUAAUUAGUUCUAUGCAGUGAAAGUACUUGUGGAUGAUAGAAUGGCUGUCCUUUCUCACAGCAGUUUUCCCCCAGAUUAUACUAGAUCUUUGGCAUUCUCUGGUACCCAUUGGCUACGCAAUUUGUAUCUUUUAACUUUAUAAUUCCACAGGCCAGCCGUUGGUACUAAGUGUUAUUUUGUUCUACUUUAUAAAUCUAUUUAUUUAAGGGUAUUGAUAAAACACUUUCAGUGCAAUCCUAUGCAUAUUUCUUUCAAAAGUAUAUCACAUAUUCAACAAAAAUUUUCCAGGUAUGCAUAGAAUUGUGUCAUUUGGGAGGAAAUAAAUAUUGUUUACAUUAUUUUCUACAUAAUCUGAAAUAUGCAGUCUUGCAGACAUCAGAUAAUUCCUUAGAUAUGUAAAAAAGAAACAUUAUUUUAAGAUAUUUUUAUUUUUGUUCAAGCCGGGAAAGGCUGGUUCAGUUCUAUGGGUGCUGCUAAAUACAAGUUUUAUAUAUAUUUUUAAUAGACUUCUAGCCUAUGGCUAGAAAGUAUGCUUUUACUUUACAAAAUGUUCAGAAUGGUAAUACUUAAGCCAGCAUCUUAGUGCCACUGAUCCCCAGUACUUGGCAGUAGCUAUCGACAUCAUGUUUAUGUUUUCCAGCAUCUGUUCUUGUUGGCUUAACCAGCUUGCUACCUGUCCUUCAUCUUGACAAAUAAAGCUCUGCUGCAAAAGGAAGUAAUAGUUGGUUAUUUGUUCUGGAAUUAUUAUUUGUCUCUUUUCUAUCAGCAUUUUUUUAUGAGGGCACAAGAUAGUGAUGGUGAUAGCAUGAGGCUAAAUAAGAAGAGGCUCCCCAUCUUCAUAAGCUACUGACAAUUAAGAGAGGCAGAAGGAAAUUUUAAAAGGAGAAUGACUUUACUAAGAGAAUUCAGUGUUUGCAUGUUCUGAACUGUUUGCGUUUGGCUCUUUCCUGGAUUUAUCCUUUCAUGCUCAGAUACCACUAAGCUGUGUUUGAAGGCUGCAUGUGUGGAUUAAUGUUUUUAAAAUGUUUGUUCUAUAUAUGUAGUAUGUCACUGAAUAGAACAAGUUCAUUCCUGGUAUGUUUCUACAGCAAAGUCAGAACAAGGCUAAUGAAAUGCCUUUCACCGUCUGGUACUAAGAAAUCAUGAAUGAAGUGGGAAUAAUAUGAGAUUUCCAGAAACAGUGUAUUUAUACAGUGCUAUAAAAUGCAUCACUACGGUAAGUAAGACUCUAUGGCAUGGGCUGAUAUAAAAGUAAAACUUUCCUUAAGUUAACAGUCUCUGUGCAAUCUUGGAUAGAUUUUUCUCUGUUCUUAGAUUCAAAGAAGAGAAUAAUCUAUCAUAUAUAAAAUACUGGUCCUAAGAAUAGUAGUAAGAAAUUUUCUAAGGUUUUAGGGAUGUGCAAAACUCACCAAUUUGGAAAUGGCAUAUUCUGGAGAAUGCCAGAAUGAUCUAUUCCCUUCCAGACCAUGCCCUUCUGGAGGUGGUUUAGUUCUCUGGAUGUCCCAUUCCCAAAUCCUUGAGUUUUGCAUGUUCUUAGAAGUUUCUUCUUCCCUGUUUAUAUAGGAUAACAUUUUUGCAAAUUGUUCCCAUCUGUCCCAAGGAAUUAUUAAUUAACCUAUGUACAUAGAAUUCUUAUAACUUAUUACCUGAAGACCAAUUUCAAGCUGUACAAAAUACUGAAAUAAAU